CCGCCGCCCGCGGAGCUGCCCGAGCCCUCCGCCGCCUCCCGCAUGACUGUCACCAAGAUGUCAUGGCGCCCGCAGUACCGCAGCUCCAAGUUCCGGAAUGUCUAUGGGAAGGUGGCGAGCCGGGAGCACUGCUUCGAUGGUGUCCCCAUCACCAAGAACGUGCACGACAACCACUUCUGUGCCGUCAAUGCCAGCUUCCUUGCCAUCGUGACCGAGAGCGCCGGCGGAGGCUCCUUCCUCGUCAUCCCCAUCGAGCAGACAGGCCGGAUCGAACCCAACUACCCCAAAGUCUGUGGCCACCAGGGCAACGUGCUGGACAUCAAGUGGAAUCCUUUCAUUGAGAACAUCAUCGCAUCAUGCUCCGAAGACACCUCGGUGCGGAUCUGGGAGAUCCCCGAGGGUGGCCUGAAGAGGAACAUGACAGAGGCUGUGCUGGAGCUGUAUGGGCACAGCCGGCGCGUUGGCCUUGUGGAGUGGCACCCGACCACCAACAACAUCCUCUUCAGUGCUGGCUAUGACUACAAGGUCCUCAUCUGGAACCUGGACGUGGGGGAGCCGGUGAAGAUGAUCGACUGCCACAAGGAUGUCAUCCUCUGCAUGUCCUUCAACACGGACGGCAGCCUCCUGGCCACCACCUGCAAGGACAAGAAGCUGCGGGUGGUGGAGCCGCGCUCCGGCAGGGUCCUGCAGGAGGCGAGCUGCAAGAACCACCGUGUGAACCGGGUGGUGUUCCUGGGCAGCACCAAGCGGCUGCUCACCACGGGGGUGUCGCGCUGGAACACACGACAGAUCGCACUCUGGGACCAGGAAGACCUGACCAUGCCCUUGAUAGAGGAGGAGAUUGAUGGGCUCUCGGGGCUCCUCUUCCCAUUCUACGAUGCUGACACCCACAUGCUGUACUUGGCUGGCAAGGGUGAUGGGAACAUUCGCUAUUACGAGAUCGGCUCGGAAAAGCCCUACCUGAGUUAUCUCAUGGAAUUCCGCUCCCCGGCCCCACAGAAAGGACUGGGGGUGAUGCCCAAGUACGGGCUGGAUGUGUCAGCCUGUGAGGUGUUCCGGUUCUACAAGCUCGUCACGCUCAAGGGGCUGAUCGAGCCCAUCUCCAUGAUCGUGCCGAGGAGGUCAGAGACGUACCAAGAGGACAUCUACCCCAUGACCCCAGGGACGGAGCCAGCCCUCACUCCGGAUGAAUGGCUCAGCGGCGUCAACCGAGAUCCCAUCCUGAUAUCGCUGAAGGAGGGCUACAAGAAGACAUCCAGAAUCGUCUUUAAGGCACCAGUGAAGGCGAAGAGGAGUGUCCUUGUUAAUGGCAUAGACCUGCUGGAGAACGUGCCCCCACGGACGGAGAAUGAGCUCCUCCGGAUGUUCUUCCGGCAGCAGGACGAGAUCCGGCGGCUGAAGGAAGAGCUCUCCCAGAAGGACAUCCAGGUCCGGCAGCUCCACCUGACCCUCAAGAACCUGCGGAACAACCCCAAGAACAAUUAACUCCCAGGGCUGUUUUCUACACGAACUGCCUCUGUUUAUACUCGCUCUUUACUCCCCCUUGUACCCACUCACACACCACAGGAGCCACAACAAGGGACCUGCCAAGAGCCAAUAAAGCUAACUGGAAAUAACGUCCUCCUCGUCCCGUCUAGCACUAAAACUGCUUUAACCGAGAGCUACUGCAUGAGAGGCGGCCGGGGGGGUCCCCAAGAGCCCCCAGGCCAUGAGCUUGGAGUAAGUAGUGGAGCCGCAUCCCCUCCGUUGGGAUGAGCAGAGCUUCGUUGCUGUUCGUGUGUUUCCUAUGCAAAGAUGUGAGGCGGUUGCAGAACUGGAAUAGGGGUGGGAAGGGCUUUGGUUACACAGGGUGGGAUGUGGGGACCCUUCCCAUGGCAGUGGGACAGCUCCGGCACAGUCAGACUUGGGCAGGAACAGCCGGUGAGUGUCACAGCCUGUGCAUGUGUGUGUGCAUCCAUACACAUGCACUGUGUCCUUAACCCCCGGAGAGCCUGGAUUCCCAAACACAGAGGGGUUUUACUCCCUGUAUCUCUGCAAAUAGGGACUCGUCGUCCUCCUGUCCACUGCCUGUCAUGGGGAGGGGGACAGACGUCACCCAGCUCAUUCCGAGGGUGAUGGUACCCAAGGGAUGGAUGCAGUGGUGAGGAGCUGUGCGGGGUGGGUUCAGCACGCCUGUACAAUCAGUGUUUGUGGAUGAGCACAGGAAUGACACCAAAUACUGCUGGUUUACCUAGAUAUAUAUAUAGAUAUAUAUAUAUUCACUAAACCAAGCUGCUGAACUGCCCAGCACCACCAGUGCGAUGGAUUCUCCUCCCCAUUAACUCACCCUGUGCCCACACCCACUGCUCCCCCCUCUUUACAUGUGCUGUCAUUGCCUAUUAUUUAUGCUACCACUGAAUAGUGAUGAAAUAAAACGUUUUCAAGAUACCAAA